AUGAAGAAUCGGAGAGAAAGGAGGAUUUCCGUCAGACGACCGACUGUACCGGUGGAUCGGAGGUGGUCCUGUUCUUCCUCCCACCACGAUUCCCAGCUUUUGUUCGCCGGAACACCGAUUCCACCGUGGUUUCUGAUCCACGCUGACCAGUCGUCCCAGUCUUCAACGAUUUUCUGCCCUUCUUCAAUCUUGAGUACACGAUGGUCAAAUAGUGGAUCAAUGGGAGCCAGUCACACCGACUCUGUCAAAACAUCACUACAGGUCUAUUUAGAAAUCCAAACAAGAAAAUUCCUUGUUGACUACGAACGCAUUCCAGCAACAGAUGAAAAAUCACCCAAGGAACAUGAUUUUGAUACGUUGGUUGAUAGAAUUUCAAGAGCUGAUCUUAAGACAGAAAUAAUCUUUAACUGCCAAAUGGGGCAUGGGCGUAUUACCACAGGGAUGGUCAUUGCCACAUUGAUCUAUUUAAAUCGAAUAGGAGCUUCUGGCCUGGGUAGACCCGUCUUUUGGCACAACAUGAGAGAAGAACCUGUUAUUUACAUUAAUGGAAAGCCCUUUCUGCUUCGUGAGGUUGAAAGACCCUACAAAAACAUGCUCGAGUAUACGGGAAUUUACUGUGAAAGAGUGGAGAGAAUGGAAGCUCGACUGAAAGAAGAUAUUCUCAAAGAACCUGAACGUUAUGGAUGGCAUCAUUAUGUCUUAUUGCCCCGGGCAACAUAUUUCUUUGGACCGGCCCUGGGUCCUUGCAUUGCAAUUGCCUAUUUAUCGGUUCUAAAGGACUGUGAGAUUCAUUGCUUUCAUGAAGGAUUGGAAGUCAAACGACUUGGUGGUCUCCAUGUCAUUGGGACAUCUUUGCAUGAGUCCCGAAGAAUUGAUAAUCAGCUUCGUGGCAGAGCAGGAAGGCAAGGAGAUCCUGGAUCAACACGCUUCAUGGUCAGAAUGAUUCCAUAUAUAUGUGCAAGCAAGCACAUGCCUUGUGAAAAAGGGAAAUCUAUUCUAGUCAUUCUCUUUAACAAGGCAACCUUAAAGUUGAUUUUUUAAACCUGAUGUUUAAAACUACAUUGAGUGUGAGAUAGAAGUUUAUGCAGAGAAGGAAAAAGAUAGAAGUUUUUGAGGAUGUUGCUGAUGAAAAAGAUA